AUGGAACCAGGUCAAAUCAUUUUACCAAACAUUCUUGUGACAGGCACUCCAGGAGUUGGAAAGACCUCCUUGUGUACUCUUUUAGAAAAUCAAUUAGCAGAAGAAUAUGACUUGAAGGGAUUUUAAUAUGUCAAGCUUACUGAUUUGAUCCAACAGAAGAAGUUAUAUAAGAAAUGGAAUGAGGAAUUUGAUGUUCCUGAAUUUGAUGAAGACAUGGUAUGUGAUGAACUUGAGCCUUUAAUGAGCCAAUAAGGGGGCAUUAUUUUGGAAUUCCACUCUUGUGAUUUCUUUCCAGAGAGAUGGUUCCAGCUAGUAGUCCUCCUUAGAUGCAAUAAUACCGAGUUAUUUGACAGACUUCAGGCUAGAGGCUAUAAUGAAAAGAAGAUCACUGAAAAUAUAGAGUGCGAGAUACUUGAUGUUCUCAAGGAAGAGGUUGAUUCAAGUUAUAAAUAAGAAGUCAUUCUUGAGUUGCAAUCUGAAAAAAUUGAAGACAUGCAGCAAAAUUUAGAGGCGAUCGCAGCAAGGAUUAAAUAAUUAGUAGGCAAUUAAUGA